CAAACAUCCUCGCGUAUAUAUAUGUAUUAUAUACGUAUUAUAGAAAGGAAGAGAGAGCAGAUACCUGCAGUAGUAGCACAGGAGCUCACAGAUUGACAAUAUAAGCGAAAUAUGGCUGCUCACUCAAGGUCGGACACAAACAAAGUCUGUUGUUAUGCUCAUCCCGAAGCUCCACUGAUAGAAGAUUACAGAGCUGGUGAUCAAAUUUGUUCAGAAUGUGGAUUAGUAGUGGGAGACCGAGUAAUAGAUGUAGGUUCAGAGUGGAGAACAUUUAGCAAUGACAAAGCCGGUACUGAUCCAUCUCGUGUUGGUGGUCCGGAAAACCCUCUUCUCAAUGGAUCAGAUUUGUCCACAAUCAUUGGUCCUGGUACAGGGGCUGCAUCGUUCGAUGCAUUUGGUGUGUCAAAAUAUCAGAAUAGACGGACUAUGAAUAGUUCGGAUAGAACGCUAAUAAAUGCGUUUCGUGAAAUCAAUGCUAUGGCAGAUCGUAUCAAUCUUCCAAGAACAAUUGUUGAUAGAGCAAAUAAUCUUUUCAAGCAAGUGCACGAUGGUAAAAAUCUGAAAGGGCGCUCAAACGACGCCAUUGCCUCGGCAUGUUUGUACAUUGCUUGCCGUCAGGAAGGAGUGCCUCGUACAUUUAAAGAAAUCUGCGCCGUCAGUAAAAUAAGCAAAAAAGAAAUAGGGCGAUGUUUCAAACUUAUUCUGAAAGCACUGGAAACAAGCGUGGAUCUUAUUACUACUGGUGACUUUAUGUCCAGAUUUUGUUCAAACUUGGGUUUGCCAAAUAUGGUACAGAGAGCAGCUACGCACAUUGCAAGGAAGGCUGUGGAUAUAGACAUCGUGCCUGGAAGAUCUCCCAUAUCAGUUACUGCUGCUGCCAUUUACAUGGCAUCACAGGCUUCCGACGACAAAAAAUCACAAAAAGAAAUUGGAGAUAUCGCUGGUGUUGCGGACGUGACAAUCAGGCAAUCAUACAAAUUAAUGUUCCCACAUGCAGCACGCCUGUUCCCAGAAGACUUCAAAUUUACUACUCCUAUUGAUCAAUUGCCGCAAAUGUAGAAUUAGUAGUUUUGUCUCAUGGUAUACUAUUUUUUCCUACUCUCCAAAAUAGUUUUUGCCAAUUACAUAACUGCUAAGCGCUUAUUUUUCGUUAAAAAUUAAGUUAUGUUAUUCUUUAAGCUUUAUCAGAAGAGAGAAGUUUUGUUUUUUUUUUAUCAUAAUCAAGUGCUCUUCACCAUUAGGAAACAGCAGCGUAAUAUUUUCCAAAAUCAGUCUACAUUCCUUAAAUUACACAAAAUCUACUAGUAUCCCUGACUAACAGUGAUAAACAAAUUUUUCCUUCAAAUGCAUGACCUUAAGUAGAAUAUUUUUAUUUCAUAUUACCAUUAAAAUACUUCUUCCCUCCUUACACAUUUCAUGUAACAAACUCAAUUCCCAUUGAGUAUGUCUUUCCUAUAAUUGUUAUUGUAAAAAAAAAAGAAAUGAGGGAUAUCCUUGUUCUCCCAGAUAAGCAAAAAUGAACUGUUGUGUAGUAGGAUUUUUUUAAAGAAAAGAAAAGUAAUGAAUGUGAUAAGAGACUAAAAUCAUAAGCCUGCCAAUAGAAGCAGUAUUUGUACGAAACAAAAGAAAGACAUAAUUAUUUUACAUAUUACGCAAAAAUACUACAAUCUCAUAAAGUGUGUUUAGUAUAAAUAGUACUGUAUUAUAUUACAACACGGACGACGAAAGAAUGAAAAACGCAAUAAAAAUAUAUAUGAUCGUUUUGAAUAAAAAAAAAA